AUGUCAGCAAAAAGAAAAAGUCAAUCAGCAGGAAAAGAAAGGACAAGCUGCAGAGCUCUUUUUACCCAUCAAGUAGGCAUGGCACUCGUAGUCACCACCAUGUGGAUCUCAAAGGCUAAAAAGCUUGAGACAUCUUCAAUCAAGAAAAGUGAGAAAUGUUCGAAGGCAAGCCAGGACUUCGAAGAGGAGGAAACUUUAGUUGAUUGUCAGUGA